UCUCGGGUGCGGCCCAGCCCACGACACCGAACCGCAAUCCCCUCCUUCGUUUCGCCGCGGCGGCGCGGACCACACCACUGCUCCCCGCCGCCGCCGGCGGCUGCUCCGACCGCCGCCCCCGCGCGCGCCGCCGCCGAUGUGGAAGAGAGUUCUGGAGACGACGAAGAAGGCCGCCGCCGCCGCUACCGCUACCGCCGCAACUGGCCCGCAGCUCGCCACGCGGAAAAACCCUUCCUCCAGCCGCCGCAAGGCCGUCACGCCGGCCACCGCGGUCUCCCCCGCCGCCCUCCUCCGCCUCAAGCAGGCCGCCUCCUCGAAGAGGACCAACCUGCCCUCCACCCUCCCCGACGCCCAAGAUGUAGCCGCUGUGGAGGACGAGAACCCUUCCGGCGGUUUCACCAAGGAGAUCCUGUCCAUCUUAAAUGGACCUGAUGAUGCAGAAGAAUUGAGGGGGGCGCAAGCGCCACCGGAGGAGUCUGAAGAUGCCGAAGAGUCUGUCGUGAACAGGAUACUGGACACGGAGUGGUUUGCGGCGCCACCACCUAGCAACCCACUGGCGGCCUGGCGGAAGGAGGUGGCAAGGGAGAAGAAGAAACGGUACAUAUUCAAGAACACAGAGAGCCGCCGCUUCACCAGGUUGAUGCAGAAGUGUGCCGAUAAGCUUGGAGCAGAGCCCGCGCUUGAAUUCUUUGGGAAGCUGGGGAGGGAUACUGGGGCUAAGGAGUUUAAUGCUUUGAUCAGGAUUUGUUUGGGCAAGGCAAAGGAAUGCAUGGAUAUUGACUCAGCAGUGGAGCAUAUUUAUAGGGCAUAUCGCCUCUUUGAGCUGAUGAGAGAAAGGGGUUAUCAGAUUGUGGAAGAUUGUUAUGGACCAUUCCUUCUGUAUCUGGUGGAUGUAGGGAUGUCAGAGGAGUUUGAUAUGUUCAGUGUGUUCUUUAAGGAUGCAAAUCCACGGUCCAGCUCGAGAAUAGCUUAUUACGAGAUGUUGUUAUGGAUUAGAGCUCAAGAUGAAGAAAAGAUUCAAGAACUUUGCCGCUCUGUUGAAGACUUCAAUGAAGAAGGUGACUAUGAUAUGGCAGAAAGUUAUAUGCUGGCCUUUGCUGAAAGCGACAGGAGGCUGGAUUUCAUCAGCUUGCUUGAGUCACUUGAUCCAACAAGAAUUUUACGCUCAAAGUACUUAUUGACCAUAUUCCAGUCUUUGGGUAGGUUAGAAUUGAAGAACUAUGCUGAGAAGCUUCUUCAGCAGAUGAGGUCGAAAGAAUCUGGUGUUGGAAAAUUUUCAUCGAUAAUAUUUGAGUAUGCUUCAAAUAUACCAAACAUAGCGGUUGAAGAUGUUAUAGUAUCAUUCAAUAGAUGGCAUGAGCAGUUUGAGGUAGCACCCUCUAUUUCUGCAUCUGAGAAGAUCAUCUCUGUUUGUUGCAAAUCGUCAAAGAUCAGCUUAGCUCUUGAUGUAGCUGAGUGCUUAUGUAAAUCCAACCCCGAUAUGCCAGUUGAAUUGUUUCAUCCAAUAAUACAGGCCUGUGAACAAGGCUCUGAAUUUCACUUGGUUCAUCCAAUAUAUGAUUUGAUGCGUCGCCACAAGAUGAAAUUGAAAACCGAAACAUUCAGAAACAUGAUAAAUUUAUGUGUAAAGAUGAAAGAUUUUGAAGGUGCUUACCGUAUACUCACAGAUGCAGAAGAGUCUGGGGAUAUAUCCACUGUAAGCCUGUAUAAUGCUAUCAUGCUUGGAUAUUUCAGAGAGAAAAACCACAAUGGAGCACAGAUGGUCAUGGCGCAAAUGCAGAUUGCCGGAGUAAAACCAGAUUCUGAAACAUACUGUUAUUUGAUAUUUAACUGUGAGUUCGAAGAGAAAAUCUCUGAGUAUCUUGAUCAAUUACGGCAAGAUGGAAUACACAUGUCCAAGCAUAUAUAUAUGUCACUAGUUAGUGCAUAUGCAAGACUUGGGAAUUUUGACAUGGCUAAACAGGUUCUCGAAAACAAGGAAAUACCACCUAAGUACCUCAAUGAAAUUAAGAGUGCGCUUAUAGGAGCUCUUGCAUCAAAUGGGAAGGUAUUAGAUGGACUUAUCAUGUAUGAUGAAAUCAAGCAAUCUGGAUGCCACCUUGAGCCAAAAUCAGCAAUAGCCCUGAUUGAGAAUACCCAAACAAAAGGUGAGCUGGAUAGACUGUAUCAACUUCUGGAAGAGCUUGGUGACUCAAACAUGUGGUUUGACGGGUGCAGUAGAGUACUUCUGUACUGUGUUCAGCACAAUCACCCUAAUGCUGCCAUUGGUUUGCUUAAGCAGCUUAAGGAGAAAGAUGAAUUGAGUACAUAUAUGGUUAUUGAUCAGGUCUUCAGUCAAAUAUGGGAUAUGGAUCCUGUAAAUUUGGAUUUUGGAAUGAAGAUUCUCCAUGCUGUGAAAGAGCUUGGGCUUAAUGUUUCUCGGACAAGCCUUGACUUUCUUCUUAGUGCUUGUGUAAAGGCAAAGGAUUCAAAUCGUGCCCAGCUGAUAUGGACAGAAUAUGAAUCUGCAGGCCUUCCACAUAAUGUACUGACUUCCUUGAGGAUGUAUCAGGCUCUUUUGUUGUCCCAGAAGAAGAAGGCGACUAAGAAGUUGCUGCGGAAGAUACCAAAGGAAGAUGUUCAUGUGCGUUACAUAAUAGAUUCUUGUCAAAUGGCAUACUGCAGCCAGAAUCUUAAGCUACCUUCUGCCAGUAGGUCCAGUUCAAUAAAGAGAGCUGCUUCCAAGGCUGGGAGCACCUGUAAGCCUGCUGCUUCAGGAACCGAGGUGUUUCGAAAUGAAGCUGAAGAGGCACAUACUGGCCCUUGAUAAUAGACAGACUUUUCCUGAACAUUGCCUCUAGUUUGGUGCCUGGAAUUACCUGCACCCGCUUCAAGGAGCUACAUGUGUUUCUGUUUCUGGCUUGAAACAAGCAAUCAUACAUGGGAGCCGUCACCGAAAGACGGCGAGACCACUGGCCACAUUUGAGGCCUUUGGUGUGACCACUGGCCACCACUCCCUGCAUUGCAAUUGCAUUGCAGCCCCCACUUGGCUUAAUGGCCAAGACCUAGCUAGCCAGCCUCUCUGCUCAUAGUGCUUCCCAUGUGACCACAAGGCUAGGGUUUGGUCACAGUGAAACAAUCACUGCCCCACAGCCUCACCAACCAGGAAAAAGAUCUGCCCUGUUUGAUUUUGGGAGUGGAGUGAGGGGAGAGAUUGAGAUUGGUAGGGCAGAAUAGUUGUACUCCUCAGCCUGCAACCAAGAUAUCACAGGAUAAUAUCUUAACCAGAUAGGUAACAGCCACACAUUUUUGCACCUGUUACAGCUCAAGUCAUUACUAAAACCAGCAUUGUUGUAGAAGUUAUGAUUUGUGUUCUAGUUUUUCUUUAUUGGGGUAUGCCUUUGAUUACAGGUACAAUGGUUA